AUGACUAUGAUGCCCGCACUAAAACAGGAAGUCCCAAGGAAGCAGCAUGGGACCAUGAAGUAUUCCAAAUACGAGGUGUGGCAGAGGAAGGCGGCCCAGCGGCUCCGGAGGGGUGUCCCCGCCAUCCUGAGGGCCAAAAAGUUCCGAAGGCAGGCAGAGAAGAUCAAAGCCCAGGAGCAGGCAGUCUUCCACAGGACCCUCAUCAGCCUGCCAAGCAAACUGCCUCCUGUCUUGCUCGCCACGGACAACUAUGUCAACCACAAAUGA